AUGAAACUUUUAGCUGUAACAUUGCAACCUGAGUUUCUGCAAAGAGAUCCGACAUCUGGAAUUUGCCCCAGCUGCAAGAAGGAAAUUCAAACGGAAGUCACCUAUGAGAAAGGGACAUGUGCUUAUGUAUCAUGCGUUGUGCUCGCAUUACUUGGCUGCGAUCUGGGUUGCUGCUUUAUUCCCUUCUGUGUGAAACGGUUCAAGGAUGCACAUCAUACCUGUCCCAAAUGCAACUUCCAGCUCGGCGUCCGCAAACCCUAG